AUGGCUUUCAGCAGCCAAAGAGCCUCCACUUCUGCUCCUUCAACUUUUCUAUGGAAAUACCAUGUGUUCUUGAGUUUUAGGGGCAUAGACACUCGCAGGCGUUUUACAGCUCAUCUAUAUCACAGAUUGUGGUUCCGCUCAAUUACAACUUUCAGGGACGACAAUGAACUUGUAAGAGGUACAGCUAUUUCACCAAAUUUACUGAGAGCAAUCGAAGAAUCACGGAUUGCGAUCGUUAUCCUCUCACCAAACUAUGCUUCUUCAUCCUGGUGCCUAGAUGAGGUUUCAAAGAUUGUUGACUGCAUGGACGUCGACACCAUUCUACCAAUUUUUUAUGAUGUAGAUCCUACUGAUGUCCGAAAACAAAUAGGAACUUUUGCGGAAGCCACAAACACACAAGAAAAGUCAAUGUACAAGGGAUCAAAAGAAUAA